UCUUAUCAAAUGGUGUUUUUUUUUUUUAAUUAGGCUUGAGGACAGUGUUGUGAUGGUUAAACUAGAGUCGUGUUCAGAGUGACAGAAUGAUUUACAUCCCAGUGACUGAUGUUAGUUGAUAUUUAGAGCGUUACAUAUCUCUGCAAACAAGCUGCAGUUCAUGCAUAUUGUAAAAGUCCUCAGUGUUUUAUUUUGCAAUAUUUCAUAUAAUUUCAGGUUGCACCAGCAAGUUUAGGUUUAUUUUAUUUUUUUAUUGAAAUUAGACAGUGUUUGUUUGCGCUUCUUAGUUUAUUAUAAUUAGGCUUAAAUUGAUCAAGUUCGAUCUUAAAAUGUUGCUCACACUAAGAUUAAAAAAAAUCAGUGACAGCGGUGCCACGUGGGAGGUUAUGAAUCAUUUGGUGAUUUCACAUGCAGAGGUGUUUAGAAAACUGAAUUUCAACAGCGUGAAUUAAAUUCUGCAGCUCUAAUAAGAAAAAUAACGUCGAUGGAUUGGUACAUAAACUGACAGCAGCUAACAGCGGUUAUUCAAAACAAACUAUCAUUACAGUCUAAUAUUGAUGGCAGUGUUCGCCUGCUAUUAUGACUCGGACAUUACGUCUGUUGUAAUUAGCUCUUAGCUAUCAGGCCACCGUUGGAAGCGGUUACGCACCGUUGCGAAACUCCUGCGACGGCCUAUCUGUUAAGUCUGGCUUUUUCAUAUCUCCACCAACACGAUGUCCGGAUGCUACGGCCGUGAUGCUGUUGAUCGAGCCGAGUGCGGCAAAGACGACGACGGCAGCAGUUACACCUGUCCUCGCAACACCUGGCAGACGGGACAGGCAUGUCCGCGCAUGCUCCGUCGUCAGGUCGCUACAGCUUAAAGGACCUGGAUGCGCGUCCACCCUAUCAGUGGAGCUCGGAUCUCUACAGAGUUGGGAGCGAACGGCGCUGUCGUCAGGAGUACUUGUCUCUUCACCUGGACUGUUAUCACCGUCUUGUCUGCGCUUGGAUCAGACAUGCCUCGAUCCUUUUUGGUCAAAAGUAAGAAGGCGCACACUUACCACCAGCCCCGGACUUUCGAAGAUGACUACAGCAGGCUGGACACUAUACUGGCGCACAUAUGCUCAGAUGCUGAUAAGGUCCCAGAUGACACUGACGUGACGGUGGACACCUACGGCCUCUCUCCGGACUCCCACCUGACUGAGGCUGCAGAUUACUCACCGAAGUCCCCGCUGAGCUGCGCCGACAGUCUGUGCGGUCCCUCCCCGGAUUAUGAGGACUUCUGGAGGCCCCCGUCCCCAUCGGCGUCACCAGUGGAUUCUGAAAAAUCCCUGUCUCCACUGGUGGAUGAGAGCCAGCCUUUCACCGUUCCCUUCCGACCGUAUGCCUGGAGCAGCUACUCAGCACCGGGGCUUAGGCCUCUGGUGCAGCAGAGUCUCCAUCCUAGCGUGGAGGUGGACAGGGGCCCAGGAGCCAUGGGCUUUUACGGGGACGUGAGUGGCCACUCUGCUCUGUUUGCAGAAGAAGAGGGCUAUAACUACAGGCGGCACCCUGGUGUCCUGCUGUUUCACGACAGAGGCCUGCACACAAAAACCCAUGACGUGAAGGCCCAGUCUGACCUGCUGUGCCCCAGUCUCAUCCUUAAUGGCACCUACAAGUGCAUCAAGUGCAGUAAGGUGUUUUCCACUCCGCACGGUUUGGAAGUCCACGUUCGCAGAUCGCACAGCGGCACCAGGCCGUUUGCCUGCGAAAUCUGCGGCAAAACUUUCGGACACGCAGUGAGUCUGGAGCAACACAAGGCUGUGCACUCUCAGGAAAGAAGUUUCGACUGCAAAAUAUGCGGCAAAAGUUUUAAGAGAUCGUCGACUCUGUCGACGCACCUACUCAUCCACUCCGACACUCGGCCGUACCCGUGCCAGUACUGCGGGAAAAGGUUCCAUCAGAAGUCAGACAUGAAGAAACACACGUUCAUUCACACAGGCGAGAAACCACACAAAUGCCAGGUGUGUGGGAAGGCGUUCAGCCAGAGCUCCAACCUCAUCACACACAGCAGGAAACACACCGGAUACAAACCUUUUGGCUGCGAUCUCUGCGGCAAAGGCUUCCAAAGAAAAGUGGACCUGAGGAGACACAAAGAGACGCAGCACGGACUGAAAUGAGGCUCUGGCCAUUUCACCAAACAUGAGUAUUUAAAAACUAAAAAUGACUACGAAAACAUUUUCACGAAUUAUUCGAAAGGACAUUUCUUAGAGAUGAAGACUCUGGUUUAUUUUUACGCUUAAUUUGUAAGUACGUUGAAGAUGUAUUGUAUUAUAUUAUAUAGUUUUAAUAUAAUUAUUUUCCCCAAAUAAAACUAAAUAACGUUUUGAAAACCCAUACAACCAGAGAUAAGCUGUGAGCUAUAAGAAACAGAUCAGUGGCGGUACGUGAUCAAAUAAAUUCAUCGUGUUCACGUGAACUGAUAUGAAUCAGCUUCAGUAGGAAUUUUAACCCAAAAUAUUUAUGGUCGCACUUCAAAAACCGGACCGACACUAAAGUCACCAAGAACAGACGGAAAUCUGCGCCUCUCCAAAGAACGCAGGUAUUUUGUUUUGAAGGGCCCGUGAUGCUGGCACAACAGACUCCUCAGACUGUGUGAUUUUAUAAACAGGACGUUUACUGCCUAUGUGGGAGCUUCACGCUCACCAAGCUGUUAUCGUCGUUCUAAUUUUGCACAUUUUCCCGUAAGACAACCAAAUAAAUGUUUUUUUUCGGAGGCCGCCUGAGUGUUUUACAGAAUAGGUAUAGGCUAUAAUGCUUUGUGUUCAGGUUAUAUAGACAAUAACAUGCAUAACUUAUUAAUAAAAUAAAAUGAGUGAUCAAGCGUUUGUCGCCUAUUAUACGUUUUUAUACAGUAAUGACAUUUUUAUUACGAGUUGCGGCUCAUGUCUUGCCAGUUUCUCCGACUUUUAGCAGUAAAAUACGUUAAACGUCCUUAUUUUAAGCCUACACCCACGAAACAAAUUUAUAUAUAAAUGUGUUUGUGUAUUUAAUUAAAGCCAGCGGCAACAUUUUACCACCUUGUUGCCGUGAUUGUAAAUGCC